AUGACUCCACCGGGCAAGACGUUGUACUCCACCAGCAGGUCUUGCCUGGACUGCGUGUACUCCGGAGUAUGUCCUGCCAUCCCACAGGGCACACUUCGGAGUCCAUUGUGUGGAAACAAGAGUCAAGGCAGGAGUUCCUACAUGAGGGCGUAUUACGGUGGGUUCCAGCAGGCGUCGUACCAGCAACCUGUGCUGGACGCCCUGAGAUAUUACCAAAGUCAACCCCUGGCCUAUUCGGGGCUGCCUGAACACCCAUUCUACACCUACCAGCAGCAGCCACAACCUGCGAUCCAGGCCGUGCCGUAUCCCAUAAUCGCGGCAUACCCGGGUACCCAUGCCCAGUACGGGUCUUAUCAGUCCCCUCAAUUAGUCUUGGCCUACAAUCCCGCCCCAGAGGCCAAACCGAGCCAGGAGAAGCACGCGGAGAAAAAUGCAGCCCCGGACUUGGAUGCUGUGGGUGCGGAUAAGAUCGCCUCCAGGUCGUCUGCCUCAGAAAUCGAGGCCCUUAUUGUUCACCCGGGAUCCGAAGAAAAGGAGACCAUGAUGAUGGCUGCUGAUGUUGCAUCUGGGUUCAUGACUGACGCCUCUGGCACCAAAGAAGCCAGGAUAUUUUCCAACUUCCCGUUCAGUUCAAGUUACGGGAACAUCAGACAACCGGUACUUGUUAACGGCAAUAGAGGGAACAAAGUCCAGGCACUGAACAACCAGUACCUUCUCAAGCUUGCUUCAGCAACUAAAAAUGGAGACGGGUCUCUCAGCGGACCCAUUUACCCGGAAAUUGCUGGUCAGCUCCUCAACACGCCCGCUGCGUUGAUCCUUCCAUGUCCAAGUGAAGAGAGUUUAGCACCCUGUACAUGUGACGCAGAUGGCGACGGGCAGGCUUUUGGCAUAGUUUGUUUGUAUUUGAGGAGUGCUGACGAGUUGAGAAGUAUCCUGGGCAAUUUUCAGGGUCCUGAUAAGUUUUUGCCUAGCUUGGAAGUGAUUUUCAGUGACUUGGGCGAUUUGUCUGGUUCCGAUCAUUUUUCCGGGCUUACAUUUGAGGUUCUCAGAAUCAGCUGGUGCAAUGUAACAUCGGUGUCAGCUGCCACAUUCACGGGCAUGGAGAACACCUUGGUCGAGCUGGCGUUGUAUGGCAACCUGCUUGUAGAUUUCCCUUUUGAAAUCAUCAGCAGGUUUUCAAAAUUAAGAGACUUCGACAUCGGAUCGAAUCCAGUCCGAGAACUACGGCCUAUAACCAGUUCCAGUUUAAUAUACGUGGACAUUGACUCGCUUGGGAUUCGAGAAAUUCCGAGCAAUUUUUUGACCGGUGCCCCGAACGUGGUGACCCUCAUGGGUUACUGGAGCAAGGUUUCUGUGCUGAAGAAUGGGUUCGGGCUGAGUAUGCCUGCAUUGGAUCAGCUGCUGCUGGGUUCCAAUGAAAUCAACACGAUCGAACCCACGGCAUUGCAUUUCAACAGCCCUCAACUAUAUUUUGUCGAUUUGUCAAACAACAACAUCACCGAAUUUCCGUCGGGAGGCAUUGCAGGGAUCAUUAGAGACACCACUCUCGUUUUGAGCGGAAAUCAAGUAGAAAUUCUUCCUGAAAACGUCUUCCGAGCACCACUCGAACUCAUUUCAACUGGUGGAGGAUUGAUCAGUAUAGACGGGAAUCCGAUUGCUUGCGAUUGUACCAUCGCCUGGUUUGCCAGAUCCGAGCUAAUUGACAAAACAAAAUUGAGAGGUACUUGCUCCGACGGGGAAACUCAAUUGAGCUCUCUUGUUGCUGAUGAUUUCACGUCUUGUGAGUGAAAUAUCUUCACUAUACUCCUCGAAUUAUACCUGAAAGUAGCAUGC